AGAACCGCCGCCGCCACUCGACAGCAUUCGGUCUCCGGUGUGCGAGCACGUACGGUCAGAAAUAAUACGCGCAAUCAUGUCAACGAUUUGACAAAAAUCUAAACUCACGCCACGAUAUCAUCAUAUUUUGUUAUAAUAAUAUAUUAUAUUGCCAUUUGGAUAAGUGCAUACUGUCGAUACACAAUAUUACAGGUAGUCGGUGCACAGCAGUAUAACCAUAAUAUUAUUCGUUACGUGCAAGUCUUCGACGUCCCCCCGCGCGCCCUUCCGCCGUCACCGGAAUCGAUCAUAAAUCGGAAUUCCGGAUACGUAUAUUUCGAAAGUUCGGUUCGGUCUUCAUUCGUCGCGUGUGCGCGUGCCGGCCCCCGUCGCCGAUCCGGUAGAAACACAAUAAUAUUUCGUACAAACAGAUCUUUGUGCGGCGCCUUCCGAACGACCGGAAUCAAAUAACGGAUAUGAAACGGGCUGAACGGUAAUGGGGAAUGUCCGACAUCAAAUCGACGGUCUGUGAUACUCGACCGGUGGUGGAGGUGGUGGAGGAGGGGGACCUCCAGAAACAACUGCAAGACGUUUGCCAAAGCAUUAAAGUCACUAAUAUGAGAGCGGCCACACCGUACCUAUGUGCCCUGUACGUGGCCACGGCCGGCCACCAAGGAAACCUUCUUGGAUCAGAUGAACAGGAGAUCGUCCUGCUCAUUUACGUGGUUGUCGACAUGACAACCAACACCAUUGUAGGCAUCCAGCAGUAUUUGGUAAAGCCGACCGAAGUUGACCAAAACGAAAACAUGCUGUCUGACCAAGUCACCUCAGACAUAGGUAUCACUGAAAAAAUGGUCAAGACUUCCGGUAUUCCCCUGCAGGAUGCUAUCGACAAGUUCGACACCUACGUAAAGUCACUGAAUAUCGAACCUCAAACGCCUAUGUUUCGAAUAGUAACAGAUGGACAGCUUCCAAUCCGUCAGUGUCUGCACCGGGAAUCAUCCAUUAAAGACAUUGAACUGCCCGAGUACUAUAACGUAUUUCACGACCUACGGAAAGACUUCUCCAAAUUCUACAAUGCACCUCAAGACCAAACGUUUAACUCAAUUACAGAUCUGGUUAAUUAUCUAGAAAUAACUCACGAAAUCGAUUCUCAGUUCUACGUAGCCGAGGUCAAGGAUAUGGUAAACAUUGUCCAAAGGCUCAUAGCUGACGGCCAUACGUUCAAUUCGCCGGAAAUCGUUCAGCUAAAACUCGAACCGGGCAUUUGUUGGAAAAAUGAAGAAGUAGAUAACAAUUGUGUAGUCAGAGCUAGAGGUCUUCCGUGGCAAUCAUCUGAUCAAGACAUAGCCAAGUUCUUUCGUGGUCUUAAUAUAGCCAAAGGUGGUGUUGCAUUGUGUUUAAGUGCACAUGGUCGUCGUAACGGUGAAGCAGUCGUACGUUUUGUGAAUCAAGAGCAUAGAGACAUGGCUAUGAAAAGACAUAAGCACCAUAUUGGUAGCCGUUAUAUUGAAGUAUACAAAGCCAAUGGCGAAGACUUCAUAAAUGUUGCUGGAGGUAAUAGUAGUGAAGCACAAACUUUCCUCACUAAGGGUGCCCAAGUAAUUGUGCGCAUGAGGGGUUUACCUUAUGAUUGUACAGCUAAAGAUGUCAUUACUUUCUUUGAAAAUGGUGAGCAGACUUGUUCCGUAAUGGAUGGAGAAGAUGGUGUUUUAUUUGUUAAAAAACCUGAUGGACGUGCAACUGGUGAUGCGUUUGUCCUAUUUGCUGAUGAAGAUGAUGCUCCUAAAGCACUUAGUAAGCACAGAGACCUAAUAGGCACGAGGUACAUUGAACUAUUUAGGAGUACAACAGCUGAAGUACAACAGGUUUUGAAUCGUGCAAUGGAUCCAUCUGUACGAUCAACAGCUAGUGAUAGCAAUGGCAACAUUACUACCCCAGUUACAACAACUGCUGGUGUGAAUAAUUCACCUACUGCACUUCUUGGGCAUGUGCCACUUAUGCCAUUGCCUCAGCACGUCAUCACUAGUGGCACACGAAAAGACUGUAUACGCUUACGUGGACUUCCAUAUGAAGCAAAUGUAGAACAUAUACUUGAGUUCCUUGGUGAACAUUCCAAAAAUAUUGUAUUCCAAGGUGUACAUAUGGUUUACAACUCUGUGGGUCAUGCAUCUGGUGAAGCAUUCAUUCAAAUGAACAACGAGGGCAGUGCUGCUCAGGCAGCAAUGGCUAAACACCACAAUUAUAUGUCUUUUGGCAAAAAACAACGGUACAUCGAAGUGUUCCAGUGUUCUGGUGAAGAUAUGCAUCUGGUGUUGACUGGAGGAGGUGCUGCGUCAGGAGCUUUAUCCCCAGUAGCUGCCAAAGCGCUAUUAUCACCACCUGGCGGACCGCUGAUGACUUCUCCGCCGUUCCCGCCGCCGACGUCGAACUACUCGCCGUUCUCCGGGCCGCCGCCGCUGAUAGGUCACCAGCCGCCGCCGUCGCUGGGCGCGCCGUACCCGCCGCCAAUCCUCUACUGGCCGUACCCGUCGCCACCCAUAUCGCCGCCGCACCAACAGCCCGCGCUACUCAUCAUGCAGGGCACACCGCCACCGAUGCCGCCCCCGCCGCCCGUGGACAUGUGCAAUCUCAUACACUCCGUGUCCGAGUGGAACAUCGAUUACAUGCAACAGAAUCCUCAAUUUUGCACAAUGAACGUCCGAUGGGCAUGCACUCGGCUGCGGCUUGACGCGACGCGAAACAACGGUCGGCGCCAACCGACGUGCAACCGUCAUCGUCACAACAACGCCGUUGCCGCCGAUGAUCGGACUACGUACGUCUACUCGUCUAAUUCAAAGUCACAAUAAUUGUGCAAAGUACAAACGGCCGCGUACUUAACGUGUUUAUAACAUAUAAAUAGUAAUGUUUGUAUUUAUUUAUUUAUACCUAUAUAAUAUUGAUAUGUUAUAUAGAUCGAGAGAUAUUUCUAUUAGAUUUAAGACUGUAUAUAUACUUAGACUUAGACGGAAAAAUUAGUAUACAUAAUAUUAUUAUUAUCUAAUUAGUUGAAAAAAAAACUCAACCUUAGAAAGCUCAGCCAACAAAUAUCAUAUAGUCGUCUUCCACCGCGCGUAUUAAAGACAAAAGAGAUAGUACCUAAUCCUCGUUAAUUAUUGUUGGUCACCACGUGUACAUAACAAUACAAUAUAAUAAAUACAUAUUGUACAUGUAUUAUCAUAUUGAAGUUUGUAAGUCGAAUAAUGUAAUGUCUAUGUUUUGUGUGAAUUAUUAUAUCGUAUGUUUUCAAUGUGAUUUUUAUUAUUUUUACCAAUUUAGUAUUCUUUUUACGAAUUUCACUCGUUUGAUGAUUUUGUUUUAUAAUAUUCAAUUCUAAAAUGACUCGAUAGGUAUAUUCUUCCCGUUUUAUCUGCAAAUAUAUUAUACAUGGUGAAUUUUCUUAACACAUGACACAUCUCAAUACAAUGUGUAGGUACUUACUUAUAAUAUUUUCAUAGAUUUUUAAUUUUUCCGAAUGGCAAUAACCCAUAUUUUUUAUUUCAUGUUCUGAAAAUGACAGAAUACGAAAUUCAAAAUACGGGUCUAAAAUUUAAAAAAUAUAUGAAAAUAAUAUUUUUAUCACACAUUCGUGGAGUUAUUACGGUACCUACUUAAAAUUACACCAAUUGACUGCGAAAAGCCGUAUAUAAUAUGAGCGUCUUAAGUUAAAAAAGUUCACUUUGUAUGACGAGUGUAUAUAAUAAAUAUUAAGUACUACACAUAACAAUUUAAUUAUGACUAUGGUGUGUGUACGUUGUUCUUAUAAAUGUCAUUAAUGUCAUUUUAUAAUUUGACGCACAUUACAAUACAACUCUCGCACAUUUCUUAGAUUAUUUAAUAUAAUAUUAUUAUGAUUAUAAUACAAUAUCGAUGCGAUCGAAAUAUCGUAAUAACGGUUUAUUAAAAAAUUAUUCCGUAUGUUAUACUUCGUCGCGUUUUCUUUUUAUUAUCAUAUAACAAGCAACGGUUUUUGAAAAUAUUUUUUUCGAUUUUAUGCCCUCGCAUUGUCUCGUUAGUCAAGUCCUAUAAAACGACCAAAUUUGUUUAUUAGUAUUAUUAUUAUUUUUUUUUUUUGUAGGAAUUAGUGAGAUUAAUUUAUUAUAUCUGCAUAUGUUUCAUUAACUGCUGUUGAGUGCGUAUAAAAGAAAUACUUAUACAAAUUUUAACUUAUAAACGAUAACGGGUGCUAAGCUGCCAAAGUUAUCAUGUUAUAUCUAGGUACCAGCUAUAAUAAUAUAAUGUUAGUUUUUGAAUCUAUUUUUGUUUAAAAUUUUAACAUUCGGUUGUACGAUCUCUAGUAUUCUUUAUGCUCGACAAAACAUAACGAAAACAAUAUUUAUAUGAUAUUUUUUUUUAAACAUUUUAAUGUUUUGUGCAAUUUAAUUUAAUUUUGUUUAUUUCCAAGUAGAUCUCAAAAAAGUAGAUGUUUUGACAAUUUUUUAAUUAAAUUUAUCUCGAACGUAUAUUUUAUACUUUGGUCCUCCUCCGGAUGAACGAAUUUUCAACACAAUACAUUUUCCUCGGCCAACGUACGGCCAUCCGUCUUAAUAUUAUAAUAAAAACAACUAUUACGAUUGCAUUCUAUAUAGUAGUUUCGUAUUUUCGUAAUUAUCGUAUUCCCCAUCUCCGCACCGUCACGGCCGCACAAUAUUAUAGGUAUUAUAUAAUAUAAAAUAAUAUAAUGUACAUCGACAAUGUUCCAAAAAUAUGUAUACGGUUUUUUUUAUAAUUUUCAUAAUCAUUAUUGUUAAUAUAUAUUAAAAUAUAAAAUAUAAUUUUAUGAAGCGUGACAAGUCUUCGCCCCAGACAGUCAUUUUAAAGCGAAACAGUUCAACUCGUCGUUAUAAUAUAAGUGUCAUCAGCUAGUACUAGGCCUUUACUUAUAACAUUAUGUACAGUUAUAAGUCUCGUGUUAAUCUUCUAAUGUGUAUAUAUAUAUAUAUAUAUGUUAUGUAUGUAUUAGUAUACAUAGGUUUUAGACUUUCAGUUGGCCGAAAUAAAUAUACGAAUAAUAUAAUAUAAAACACCCACAUAUAGACGCAUGUCGCAAUAAAUUAGCCAAAAAAUAGAUGGAAUAUGCGCGUAUGAUAAUAUAAUAAGACCCUGCAUAUCUAUAUCGUUAAAUCUCAAUCGUAAAAUAAUAAUAUCCGCCUAAAGUCUUCGCCGUUAUUGCAUUUUUUUAAAUGUUUUAUUUGUAACAUCUAAUUGUUGAAGAACAUGUCAAUUACCUACCGAAAAACAAUCGCGAUUCCGAUGACUAAUGUUUUGUAUUCGGGCCAUUUGGCUUCUAUAAA